AUGGGUUAUAGCAAUUCAAAUAGUUUUUCUCGAAACUUUACCGAUCUCUUGAAUAGCCAACAAGAGAUGAAUAAUCCAGAGUCUCUUCCUUCUUUUUCUCCUCAUAUUCAAAUAAGCUCAUCACCUAUACGUCAGUUCAGUUCACAAUUUAGUGAUGUCCAAGACCUAGAUGAUAACUCAAGAGAACCUAGACACAGAUGGACUCCCCAAGAAGAUGUUGUCUUGAUAAGUGGUUGGUUAAACACCAGCAAAGAUCCAGUCAUGAGCAAUGGGCAAAAGUUAGGUUCUUUUUGGGAUCAAAUUGCAUUCUAUUAUGGAGAAAGUGAAGCAGUAGCGGGUAAACCAAAGAGAGGAGCCAGUCAAUGUAAGAAGAGAUGGAAAAAUAUAUAUGAGACUGUCAACAAAGGAAAUGAAAACUCCAAAAGAACUAAGCUUGAUGUGAGUGGCACAUACUCCUCAAGCUCAAAUACAACAUCUAGUGUUGAGGAAGAAACUGAAGAACGCCCUCCAGGUGUUAAGGCAUCCAAAAUCACAUCAAAGAAAAGUGCUCGUGGUGAAGCUACUCAAAGUGAUUCCUUGCACAAGUUACAACAAGCAUGGGAGAUCAGAGAGAAAGAAAUAGCUGCGAGAGAAAGAAUAUCCAAGCAGCGACUCCUGGAGACUCUUGUCGGGAGAACUGAUCUAUCCAAACCUGAACUCAACCUGAGAAAGAAGCUAAUAGAUGAGAUGUUAGGAUAA